AAGGUACGGUGGAUCUUCAUUGAAAAACUACAAAGAAGAUAUAGUUAUGAUUAUUACUAUGUUUUUAUCUAUGUUUAUGAUUGUCGGUCUUAAAGCUGCUGAACAAAGCAAUUUUGUUAUUUAUGGAAAAACUCUUGAAUUUAAAAUGUUGACACGAAGACAAUCGAUGGCUGAAGAAUUGCGUAAAACAAAGUUUUUAAAACGUGAUCAUCGCAAAACUUUAUUAAAAUAUUACAAAGAUUUUUGGGAGAUUGAUAGAGCCGUAAAAACAUCAUCAAUGCUUGAUAUAAUUCCGAGAUCGUUAUUUGUCGAUACCCAAUUUGAAAUGUUUUGGGUUUUCUUAAAUAAAUGUUAUUUUUUGAGACAUACCACGAAUUCGUUUAAAAGGGCUGUUGCGGCAAAUAUUAAAGUGGAAGUGUUAGAUAAAGGUUGCGUUUUGUAUGAUUACUCGAGAAUUUGCGAAAACGUUUAUUACGUUUCAAGAGGAAAUAUUGACAUCUUAUCCGGUGAAGAUGGGAGUAGUUCUUUACUCACUUUGGGAAAAGGAUCUUGUUUGGGACAGUUUCAUUUAUUACAAAGAACCGUGACCCGAUUUAAAGUCAUUAUUGCAUCGUAUUCGGUGGUUUAUAUUUUGAAUAAGAAAGAUUUUUGGAAAGAUGUGUACAAGUUUAGGAAAUUAAAUCUUGGUCCGAAAAUUCAUUCAAAUUUUAAGAUGAAAAUUAAGAAAGCCAUUAUUGCGAAAAAUACAAAAAAACAAACGGAUGUUGGAACAAUGUUUCGAAGGUGGAGAUGUAUUGUAAGCAAAAAAGUCUUAACUGGGUUUAAAGAUCAGAUAAAAAGUCGCGUGGAAACGGUACAAUUAGGUGUAUCUCCGUUUGAAGAUCCACAAAAGUUAUACACUUAUAGCAAGAUGCACAGUCAAAAAAGUUAUGAUGAAAUCUUUUUAAGCACGUCAUUUCCUUGGAUUUUCCAACAAAAUUCCGUGUUUAUUAGUAUUUGGAAUACAAUCACGAUAGGAUUUGUUGUGUUUGUUUCGAUUGUUUACCCAUAUCAAAUUGCUUUCCAACCGGAGUUUAAGGUUAUAGCUGAACAUGUAGUUGCCGCAGUCUAUAUCCUCGAUAUAGUAAUCCAACUAUUUACCGCCAUCGAUAAUAAAUUUGAAAUAAUAAGAACAGUUGAGGAAAUCGUCGCGCAUCGCCUCGAAAAACCCAAAUUCACCUUAGACGUAUUAGCCGCUAUCCCUUUAUAUUUAAUCGCACCUUUUUCGAAUUUAAAAGGAACUGCUAACCGUAUUGCCCAAAUUUUAUGCGUAAACAAACUCCUUAAAUUAUACAGAAUUGAUGAUAUAUUUAAAGAAUUAGAACGGAACACUCAAAGUAACAUUACCAUUUUACGUUCGGUAAAGAAUGUUUUGUAUUUAAGCUAUAUUGGGUAUUUCUGCGGAUGUAUUUAUUAUUUAGUGACGUGUUUUCAAGCAACCGAAUGUGAUGAAGAUAGUUGGAUUCAAUCUUUGUAUAGAUUGAUGACGCGAAAACUUAACACAGAUGACUUAAAAUAUAUCGACGAUCCAAGAAAACAACCCGAUAUGAUUUCUUUCAUGAACAUGUUAAUGGUUUUAAGUGGGACUACCACGGCUUUUGUUGGGAAUUUGUUAGAAAUUGGAGCGAUGAUUAUCGUAUCCGUAGUUGGAACGGUGAUUUCAGUGUGUUUUUUUGCCGAUUACGUCGCCAGUGUAACUUUAUCAAACAUUGAAGCUGUCGAAUUUAUGGAGUUUUUAAACGUUGCUAAAGCGUACAUGACAUUUACGAACAUGCACGAUGAAUUAAAAUCAAGAGUUAUUCGAUAUUUCGAAAAUGUUUGGGUAGUUAAUAAAGGAAAAAGUGUAAAAGAAUUAUAUUUUGAUUGCCCAGCUCAGUUAUACGCCAUAAAUCAAGUUGAAAGAUAUAAAGGAUAUUUAUUACAAAUGGAUUUAUUUAAAUUUACUAAUUCACAACUUCAAGAUACAGUUGCUUCACGUUGCACAGAACUUUAUUUACCACCUCACGAAUAUGUUAUUUACGCCGGACAAAGUUGUUUAAACUGCUACAUGGUCCUCAAAGGAUAUUGCGGGAUUAUAGAGGGAUUAUCGAUUCAAAAAGUCGUUUCACCCGGAGACACUAUUAAUGCAAUGGAAAUUUUCGCCGGUUUACCAAGUUUGAUAACAGUGCGAACUGAAACACAUUGUAUGCUUUUAAAGUUCGCUUUGGAAGAUGUUAACGAUUUGGUUAAAUUGCAUCCAAAUUUUGCUAAAGAAAUUUUUGAUAGCAUAGAUAAUGUGGCUGUUGAAAGAAUUUUUAGUCGUAUUGGGGAAGCUCGAAAAAAACCAAAGGGUGUAACUGUUGAGGAAGAAGUUCGAUCUUUUUACGUUGUCCCAAAACCGAAGAGGAAUCCUUUAAAUAUCGAUUAUAGGAAAGGGUUUGUUGGACAGUGGAAUUUUCUUAGAUAUAUUUUAUUGAAACGAACGAUUAACCCAAAUGGACCAUUUCAUAAAAAUUGGGAACUAUUUAGAGCAAUUUCAGCGGUUAUACUUUCUCUCAUAGGCCCAACAUUUUUUAUUCAUACGGUUUACUUUCCAUACGGGGCUUACCUUUUAUAUAUUUUAAUUGCUAUUUCAUUUUUCGAUAUUUAUUUAAAAAUGCAUGUCGGUUACUACAACAAAUACGGACUUUUAGUAACCCAUCCAAAAAAGACAGCUGCCAAUUACUUCUCACAUUCAUUCGCUUUGGAUAUUAUGAGCGUUUUCCCAUUAUCUUGGCUAGUAUUAUUUUUAACAAACACCAGAAAUGUUAUGGUCGAAACGUACCUUCAUUUCAACGUUAUGAUUCAAAUGUAUCGAUAUCCGAAUGCGUUUGCAACCGGUGGAACUCGCAUUUAUAGAAGAGAUCCGCUUUAUAUAACCAUUCUUAAAACGAUCCCAUUUACUUUAGUUAUAGCAAACUUUUUUGCAUGCAUUUUAAUUUGCCUUUCCGGCGAAGAGAUUAAUGUAAAUGGCCAAAUGAGUAUGCAAAGAUCUAAAUUUAGUUGGCUUCAAAGUGUUAGUGGAUUAGAACAUUUAAAUUUUAACGAUCCACUUACGUUUUUUGCAUUUUCAUAUUACAUGUCGUUAUUAACGCUGCUGGGUUCAAAUUUUAAUCUUUUACGUCCUACAACCGUAAAGGAGAGUGUAUUUUUUAUAUUUUGCGUUAUGAUUGGUUAUUUAUUAAAACUUUACGUUACGGUUCAUGUUGCACAUAAUCGUUUUAUCCUCACUCAUAAACUCACUCAACAUCGAAGUAAUUUGGCGCAUUUAUCGAAAUAUAUGAAAAAUGAGACGGUUCCUAAAGAACUACAAAACAAAAUAAUCGAACAUUAUAAUUACGUUUGGUUUAUUAAUCGGGGUGAGACGCCUAAGAAUAUUUUUGGUAUAUUACAUGUUCCGUUAAAAAUGGAUGUUGUUAGUUUUUUGUAUAGAAACACGUUGGCGAAAAUUCCUAUUUUUUACGAAGCCAACGACUCAUUCUUUAGACAUUUUGGGUUGGCGUUGAAUGAAGUUUAUCGGAGGAAAGAAGCGUUUAUUUUUCGGGUUAACGAUAUCGUUGAUAACGUGUUUAUUAUUCAUAAAGGGGAGGCGCAAGUUUUGGGUCCUGAUGGCGCAAUUGUUGAAACUUUACACCAAGGGAGCAUGUUUGGGAAUUUAGAUAAAAUACCCUCCACUAGAAGUAUGAUAACGGUUUGUUCGACGACUUUAGUUGAUUUAUUGGUGCUGAAUACUUUAGAUAUGUACAAUAUCUUAGCGAAUUUUGAACACAUCCAAGCAAAGUUGCAACAUUAUUUACUUUUGGAGAAUAUGUCUUAUGUGGGCGGUAUACGCGAUGAAAGUGUUAGUUUCGAAGAGUUGGUCGAUGAAGUUCACAUUGAUGAUUUUACUCCUUUUGAAUCGUUUUUAUAUGGGGCGAGACACUCGACGUGCGGUAUACUUUUUGAUGUUAUUACUUCGAUUAUUUGUUGUUGGUUGGUGUCUUAUCAAGUCGCAUUCUUAACUCCAUUCAAUUUCUUUUAUAUUAUUUAUAUUUUGGAUAUUUAUCAUGUUGUAACCGUGGUGUUUACUAUGAUUACACCUUACAAAGAUAAAACGGGUAAACUUAUUACUAAAAAGCGAAGAAUUUUUAUGCAUAAUUUAAAACUUAGAAGAUUUUAUGUGGAUAUCUUUACAACACCGCCUUAUGACCUAAUUGGAUUUGCGUUUAAAAAUUCGUAUCAUAUCAGAAAUCUUAUCGGUAUUUACAGAUUGUUGAGGAUUGGAAAUGUUUAUUAUGGUUUUGAUAGAUCAAAUGCGUUCGGAGCUAAAGUUAUUGUACUCCGAUUAUUAAGAUUAUCUCUUACUGUUAUAUUUAUGGUGCACGUUUUUGCAUGCUUUUGGUAUUUUAAAGCAUGCCCGUUUCAAAGAUGUUUUAAAACUAGUUGGGUUAACAACAGAGAGAAGUACUCUUGCGAUGUACCAUACAUUUGUAGCAUUUAUUUCACGUUAUCAAUAUUAAGUAGCACAGGAUUCCGAAAUAGAGUUCCAACAUCCGGUGUAAUAGCAAUGCUUCUAUGCUCGAUAUUGGUGAUAGUGGGACAAUAUUUAAUGGGUAGCAUUUUGGGCGAUAUCAUAGCUUUAGUUAGAAACAGCAACAUGGAUUUUGCCGAAUACAGCUUUGAAUUGGCAAUCUUUAAAACUUAUUUAGAAAAUGGUUCCGUAUCAUUUCCAUUUUUGCAAAACAUGAAACGAUAUUGUAUCUACCUCUGGUUGGUUGAGCACGGAGAUCAAGUCCCAACUUACUUAAGAAUAAUGCCAAAGUUUUUACUAGAAGAAGUAAAACAAUACGCUUACGGAAAACACAUUUUUGAAAACGUUUUUUUCGCGGAUUGCCACCGAGACUUUUUAAGACAAUUAAUUGCAAAAAUCAAAAUGGAAUACUUUUUCCUCGAUGACGUAAUUUGCCGACAAGAAGACAUCAACAACACAAUGUAUUUUGUUCAUAAAGGAACCGUAAAUGUCUACUCGAUAACCCCCAGCGAAGAAUUACACGUGGAUCAAUUAAGCGAAUUCGAUUCAUUCGGAAUUAUACAAGGAUUAUUCCCAAAUACUCCACACACUCACACAUACAUAGCAAACUCAGUUUGUGUUAUCCUAUAUUUAAAAUACGAAGAUAUUUCUCCGUUAUUAACAUUUUAUCCAGCUUCGAAAUUUGAGAUAUACUCAAAUUUAAAUUUGUUAAUACCAGCUGCUGUAACCACAACGAAAGGAAGGAAAGUUAUGAUGCAAAGCGAAUCUGAAGAAGAUCUAUUCAAAUUUUCAUUCCGCGAUCGAAAAGAACAUCAAGAUCAAGAUGAUUAUUCAGAAUCAAUUCAAUCAACUGAUACAGUUUCUUCAAACUAAUU